ACCGCUUCUCUCAUUCUUUCUUUGUCUAUGUGUGUGUGAUUGACGAACGAAGAAGAAGAAGAAUAUAUUUUUCUCUCUAUAUGGGUCUUUAUCAGUUACCGGUAGGUGGCUGUAGAGGAGAGAUCCUUUGGUUAGUUCCUAUCCUUAUUAGAGCUACCCAAUAUUCGCGCCUCCUUUUUUCCCGCCCAAAGCUUGUCCACCAAUUUAGCUCCUUCCGACAGUGAGAGACAACGAGAGCUUAUGAUGUUGAACAUAUUUUUCUUACAAAGGUUUAUGAUAACAAUAUUUUGUCAUUAGGGUUUUAUUUUGUUUUGUUCCCCUCUCUCUCUCUCUCUCUCUCUCUCUCUCUCUCUCUCUCUCUCUCUCUCUCUCUCUCUCCUGCUUUCCCUUCUUAUAUAACCCUGCUUGUUUUCCUUUCUUCACCUCCGCUUUUUUCCUUCCUUUCUACUCUCUUCCUAGGGAUUUGAUCCGACAACUAGACAGAAACAGUUUGUGUGGGAGGACAAAAAGCAAUCGGGUACAAUUCCGGAGGAAACUUGCCUAUAAUUGCUUGUCUUUUUUUUUUUUUUUUCUUGUUUGAUAUAGGAGCUUUCAUUGCUGUAGCUGGACGGAGCAGAGCUGCAUCCAGAUUAGUGUAUCAUUCUAUUUUGGUGUACAAGAGGGGUUUGCUUCUUCAAUUCAAGAAAGAUUCAAUGAACCCAGAUCUAUGGGUUACAAGGUAUAGGGAUCUUGGAUGCUUCAUCUACGAUUGCUUUAGUAAGAAAAGAUGUUCAAAUGAAGUGGAAUGAGGCUGUUUGCACCUAUUUUGUUGAGAAGGAUGAUUUCGCCUCUUAUAAGAUUGAUACAUGAAACUAUAAGAUCCUAAAUUCCUACUGUAUUAGUUGAAUGGAAUACAGGACUCAACUCAUCAACAACCUGAGAACAUGCACUCUUUUUCACAUGUUCCUCCUGGUUUUCGGUUCCAUCCCACCGAGGAAGAACUAGUUGAUUACUACCUUAGGAAAAAGGUAAAUUCAAGAAGCAUUGACCCAGAUGUCAUUAAAGAUGUUGACCUCUACAAAAUCGAGCCGUGGGAUCUUCAAGAAAUAUGCCAAAUAGGGACAGAAGAUCAAAAUGAAUGGUACUUUUUUAGCCAUAAAGACAAGAAGUAUCCAACUGGAACUCGCACCAAUAGAGCCACUGCAGCUGGAUUUUGGAAGGCAACAGGUAGAGACAAAGCAAUCUAUUCCAAGCAUGACUUGAUUGGAAUGAGGAAGACCUUAGUCUUUUACAAAGGUCGAGCUCCAAAUGGACAGAAAUCAGACUGGAUUAUGCAUGAGUAUCGCCUUGAAACUGAUGAAUAUGGUACUACACAGGCAAAAGGCUGGGUUGUGUGCAGGGCCUUCAAGAAGAGAAUAGCAGCUAUGCGGAAAGUGAACGAGCAUGAAUCAAGCAGUUGGUAUGAGGAUCAGGUUUCUUUCAUGCAUGAGGAGGAUUCGCCCAAGCAAAACUCACAGCCUGAUUUGAACUAUCACCUCUCUUACUGGGGCAAGAAAGACUCGGAAUUGCAGUUUCAUCGAGUUCUCAGCAGCCAUGAGCACUUCCUCCAGUUCCCACUUCUACAAAGCCCUAAACUGCUGCAAGCAGCUGCCAUUGUGAGUGGACUAGACAUAAACCAGGCAAGCACACAAGAAGAUCAAACACGUGACCAAAUCUUGCAUUCUCUCUAUGUUCACCAAAAUAAUAAUGGGAAAGGAGUUGAUCAAGUGACCGAUUGGAGAGUUCUAGACAAGUUCGUUGCUUCUCAACUAAGCCAAGAGGACGUGCCUAAGCAAAAUAAUAACUACUCAAAUGCAACCAACAACGUCUUCCACUCGUCAGACCAGGCAAAUAUGCUUGCUAGACACCUGAACAAGCAAAAAUGAUUCAACGUCGACCUCCUGUUGUCAAAUUGAAUUAUGGAAGUGAAACGUAUAUCCUUCCUAAUAAAAUUAUAUGCACCAUUACGUAUAUACACUUAUCGUACAAUGAUAAGUUAAGGGAAAGGGUGUACAUAACAAAAAUUAAAAAAAAAACAAUAUAACUUAAUAAGAUUGUUAAUUAGUACGACCAAAUUAGCUAGUGGUGAUCAAUCGUGAGUUUUUGAGAAAAAAAAAAAAAAGUCGUGAAUUCAUGUGUAUCAUUAGGUGGACUGUGAAAUGGAGUGACAGCAUUCAUGUUUGCGUGUAAAUUAAGGCAUUUAAUUAAUGUAGCCAUGGUCUAGCAGCCUCAUAUGCUGUCUAUGAAAUUAAUUGUCCGUCUUGUC